CCCGAUGAAACCGAUGACAUUGAGACGCAGUACCUGUCGCGACAACAGCUGGACUCGAUAAAUCAAGAAAAAGAGGUCUAUGGGGUUCAAGUCAAAAAGGCCGAUACUUUCAGCGAUCUUGGCUGCGAGGGUCCUGUGGAAUUACGUGCUUCGCUGCAGCCGCACCUUCAGGGCAACCACUUUCUCCAGUCGUCCCGGAGACAGACGUCGUCGGCCCAGCCUCGAAGAAGUUUUAUUGCAAAAUCGCUCCAACAUUUCCGGCAACUCAGCUCACAGCAAACGCGGCCGGCAAACAUUUCUGAAACGAAUCCAACCUUGGCGCCUCUGACGAGCCAGCGUCUCCACGAGGCAAGAUGGCGGUCCGCGGACAAGGCCGUCUCGGAGAAGGGUGUGAACGGGCUCCAACCUCCAGUCUACCGGAUGGAGUCUACGCCUCUGGCCAGUCGCGAUGACCUGCCGCCAAUUGGGACGGGACGUCAGUCGCGCUACUCUCAGAACAGCCGUUCUGCCGGAGGUCCACCAGUCGCUGUCAAGGCGGCCAAGCGUAGCGCCAGUCUGGUCUCGGUCACCAAGUUCACGAUAAACCGGGAGUCUGAAAACUCCGCUGACAUGAACCGAUGGCCACGAAAGGAUCGACAAGGCAGGCUGGUCUACUAUGAGUGUCGGGCUUCUCUGAUCUCGGAACACUCGGUCCGUCCCGAUAGCCGCUAUUCCCAGUUGGAGGAAGAGCGACUUCUACUAAAGUACUAUGGCAAGAAGCCACUCGGCUCAUGCCUACUGCGAUUCUAUGACGGCACCAUCUACCUCAAGAAGUUGUGGAAGCUGUCGGUCAAGACGUACAGAAACCUGAUCUCUUACCGCAGUAUUCUGGACAUAUAUACCUUUACGGACUACAACACAAUGCUGGUGAUCAAGAUGCGACGAAAGAAUGAGGACAUCUCCUAUUUGGUGCUGAAUUUUCGUGCAGGAGAGGCAUUACAGCGCACUAGGGACAUCAUUAUUUCGGCCAUGUCGAAUCCGGAGAGUGAGGUGGACAAUGCUCUGUACGAUCCGGGAAUCAGCGAGGGCCAACAGAGUCCGGUGAGCACACACUCGGGUUUCGAUUACGACGAUCCACCGCUGCCAGACGAAUCGGUGGAGCCGAGGGUGAAACAUUCGAUCACCCAAUUGGACCGACAAGAGCGCAGCUACCGAGCCUUCUACGAGUUCGGCUUUGAUCCGCCCCCCGGCAGAUUGGCUAGCAAGGCUAGUUGGCCUUCGAUGAGGCCAGCACACCAGCCUUCAGUAGCCAUGACGUCGAGCUACCCACGCCACGGAAGCCUCCAGCUUCGACCAGUCUUCCUUUCACCGCACAAUCAGCAAGAGAUCCCUUUGGUUCCCGAGAUGAUGCUGGUCCCCGGUGACCGAUCCGGGCUCCCUGAAGAAAGGGCUUGGUAUACCAACGAUCUGGCCUAUGCCUCCCCGAGCCACCCGGGGCCAAGCUUUGCCGCCCGUCCGAGGUGGUACGGACUGAAUCCACCGGUCCUUCAGAACAAUCUCAUGCCUAACCAGUCUGCCCAUCUGGCCAGCACCAUUUCGACUGGCGUCAACAGUUUACCUGAUGCCUAUUGGUCAACCAACGCCAUCUAUUCUGAUCUACCUCUGCCUAGCAACGGCCCGUUCUUCACGGAACCUGGCAUUUCAGAUCAUCUGAGGGGACGGCCGAAUCUGCAGGCGGCUCCACGAUUCCCCUCCCGUACGGCCAGCGAAACAGACAAGUCAGCACUUAUGUCGUCAAGGCGAUUGCCUUUACAGGCGACAAACGGAGCUCGACGAAACUCACUCAGACGGCUGGGUCGCAGUAUCUCGGUGGGCAGUCAGGCAGGCGAGGCUCACGGCCUCGGAAAUACGUCUGCGCAGUUGUCAGGAGGUAAUUUCAAAUCAGCGAACGAAAAGACAGUCAUUCUGCCGGUUUAUGUGUACACAAACGACCCUGCCAAGCUAGGAAAUAGUUUAAUAUAG